CCGGGCAGGGCCCGCGGCCCCCAGUCCCCGGCAUGGCCGUGUUCGACACCCCGCAGGCGGCGUUCGGGGCGCUGCGCCCCGUCUGCGUGCAGCUGACACGGGCCCAGACGGUGGAGAACGUGCGGCUGCUGCAGGCGCACCUGGCCGGGGUGAGCGGCGCGGCCCUGCAGGAGCUGCAGGAGUACGUGCUGUUCCCGCUGCGCUUCGCCCUGCGCCUGCCGGGGCCCAAGCAGGAGCGGCUGGUGCAGAGCCUGGUGCAGUGCAUCUCCUCCGUGCUUGCCGCGACGUGCGUGAAGAAGCAGGAGCUGCUGCAGGAGCUCUUCUCUGAGCUCUGUACCUGCCUCGCUCCCCCUCCCAGCUCGGGCAAAGCCGCCCCGCUGUCCGAGGAACUGAAGCUGGCUGUGAUCCAGGCACUCCACACCCUGAUGCAUUCGGCUUAUGGGGAUAUUAUCUUGUCUCUGUACCAACCUUCCACCCUUCCGCUCCUAGGAUUUGCUGUGUCUUUGCUUCUGACCCUUGCAGAGCAAGAAAAAGCAAAGCAAAUCAAGAUCUCUGCUUUGGAGUGCUUGCAGGUCCUGGUUCUGCAGUGUGACUGCCAGGAGCACCGACAUCUGGAUGAAGACGAGGCACAGCAAUGUGGGGAUUUGUUUGCUUCUUUUCUACCUGGGAUUUCUAUUACACUGUCUCGAGUUAUUGCUGGAGACAUCAAACAAGGUCACAAAACCACUGUUUCUGCCAUCAGACUCUUUUAUCUGAUUGUUGGCUUGGUCAUGGCUGACAAACAGCUAGCCAGAAUCCCAAAGAGUAAGGAAAAGCUGCUGGUGGAGCACAGCAGAAUAUCAGAGCUAAUGAUCCACAGAGGACCUGACUGGACUAAAAGUACUGCUGAAAAACUCUCUCUUCUCUUGCAUAAGGUGGUUGAAUCUUCUUCAGUUCACCCCCACUGGAAGGUGAGACUGGAGCUGGUGGAGCUGGUCCACCACUUACUGAGGAACUGCAGUCAGUCACUGGUGGACUCAUUCAGUCACCUCUUAAAGGCCUUGGUUGGGCUGGUUAAUGAUGAAAACAGCGAAGUCCAGAGCAGGUGUAACAAAGUUCUGCAAGGGAUUGCAGAGCAGAGGAUUGUGGCACAGAGCAGGGCUCUUGCUGAUGUCCUCUCUGAGAACCUCCAUUCCCUUGCCACAGCCCUUCCCCGCCUGAUGAACUCUCAGGAUGACAUGGGCAAGGUUUCCACGCUGAGCUUAUUGCUGGGCUACCUGAAGCUGCUGGGCCCCAAGAUUAACAUUGUCCUCAACUCCAUGUCCCACCUGCAGCGCCUGUCCAAGGCGCUGGUGCAGGUUCUGGAGCUGGAUGUGACAGAUGUGAAGAUAGUGGAGGCCCGGCGCUCUGGGCCGCCGGGCCCCUUGCAGCAGGGUGUGCAGAAGGGCAGGUGCCAGAAGAAAUAUUUCCGCUUCUUCACGGAGGAGAAGGUUUUCCAGCUCCUUCAGCAAGUGUGUCGUGUUCUUGGCUACUAUGGGAACCUCUACCUGCUUGUGGAUCACUUCAUGGGGCUGUACAGCGAGUCUGGCCUGUACCGAAAGCAGGCAGCCAUGAUCCUCAACGAGCUGCUCACGGGAGCUGCUGGGGUGGGAGUGGAUUUCCUGCAGGAGAGGGAAGUUCCACUGAGCAUGGAUGAUCUCAAAAGGUCCAUAACAUCCAUUCUGGAUGAGUACAUGGACCAAGCGAACUGGUAUUUGGUGACUAGCAUUGACACAGAGGAAGGCAGCCCUGAGCAGUCAGUGCAGCACCUGGGACUCGCUGUCCGUGCAGGGGGGACAUCCAGCAGCGCCCUCCAUCUGUCCCCAGAGCCCCCAGUCACAGCCCGCACCAUGAACAGCAACAUCUGGCAGAUCUGCAUCCAGCUGGAGGGCGUUGGCUGCUUUGCUGCUGUCCUUGGGAAGGAGUUCCGGCUGCUGCUGCUGUCAGCUCUCUACCCUGUGCUGGAGAAGGCUGGUGACAGGACUCUGCUCAUCAGUGAGACAGCACUGGGGACGCUGGCAGACAUGUGUGAGGCCUGUGGGUACAGCUCGGUGCGGUGUUUGAUCAAUGAGAACUCUGACUACCUGGUGAACGGGAUUUCCCUGAACCUGCGCCAGCUGGCCUGUCAGCCACGUGCAUCCCAGGUCCUGGACACGAUGCUGAGGCAUUCAGAUGCCAGCUUGCUGCCACUGAUAGAAGAUGUUAUCCAAGAUGUCCUGUCUGCUCUAGAUCAGACUUACAAUAGCCAGGCUUCCACCUUCCUCAGGGUCCUCCACUCAGUCAUGACUGCUCUAGUGCAGUGGUUUGGAAUGCCCAGCACUGAGGAGCACCAGCAAAGGCAGAUUGACAAGGGGCAGAGCAGAGCUCGGUCCCAGGGACACCAGGAGGUGGCAUUGACAAGUCAAGAAGUGGAACGAUUCUUCCUUGACUACAUCAGCCAGAAGAAGAUUGCAGAGGGGGAUCUUCCUGACCUGGAGGAGGAGGAGGAGGCAGAUGAGGUUCCCCUUGCUAAGCCAGAGCCCAACUCUGACACAGGAGAGGCUCCAAUGCCAAGCCACGCUCAGCUGGCCAAGGAUAUGAUGGAGAGGUGCAUCCACUUGCUGUCUGACGGGAGCCUCCGGGUGCGGCUGAAGGUCCUGGACGUGCUGGAGCUCUGUGUAACCAUGCUGCAUCCUCAUGGAAACCAUCUGCUUCCCAUGGCUCACCGUGUCUGGCCAGCUCUCGUCACCCGGCUGGUUAACGACGACCCUCUGGCAGUGCUCAGAGCCUUCAAGGUGCUGUGUACCCUGGGUCAAACAUGUGGGGAUUUCCUGAGGCAGAGGUUCUCCAAGGAUGUCCUGCCCAAGCUGACCAGCUCCCUCCUCAGCCAGGCCCCAGUGAGUGCCAGGGCUGGGCCUGUGUACAGCCACACACUGGCCUUCAAGCUGCAGCUGGCUGUGCUGCAGGGCCUGGGCUCUCUCUGUGAGAAGCUGGACAUGGGCGAGAGUGACCUGAAUAAAGUGGCAGAGGCCUGCCUGGUUUACCUCAGUGCCAAGCAACCUGUGAAACUGCAAGAAGCUGCCCAGAGUGUUUUCCUGCACUUGAUGCAGGUGGACCCUGACAGCACGUGGCUGCUCCUGAGUGAGGAGUGCUGCCCCCCCUGCGAGCCCCCCCACGCCAGCCUGCGGCCCGUGAAUCUCAGUGGGAUGGGGCGGCCACGGAACGAGCUCACAGACAACGUGCUGCUCCUGCUCCAGAGGCUGCAGCAGCAGGAGGGCACAGCUCCCAGCCCCAGCACACAGCAGGCAGCUCCUUCCUGACAGACCUGCACAGCAGCUGGGAUGGAAACAGGAACCACCAGGAUGGAGCUCACCUGGGAAGACACCAUUACUGAGGAUCCAAAUGGUUCAGGGGCAGAGGAGGGGCUGCCCAGCCUGGGGCAAUGGCUGAGACACUGUCCCUGUGGCUGAGGGUUUAUUUUUUGAAGGGGUGUUUGAGGAUGAGGUGGGUACACGACCCUAACUCCUCCUGACUUGUGCCUGGCCAGCACCACAUGCAGAGAAAACGGCACAUCUGUUCCAAAUUCUUCAGUAUGAAGAGUAAGUCAUCUUCCAGAAAUUACUUCCUAACCCUUGAUCCUUGGUGGGGGUGCCCUUUAGCACCCCCCACACCUCUCUGAUCUCUUCACAGCUGUGAUGAUCCCUCCCCAUUCUCAGCUGGACAGUGACUGACAAAGCAAAAGCUUUUUCUGGCCUUUACCCUUCCCAGGAAGAGAAUCUGGUUUGGGGUGCACUAUAAACCUGUUCUCUUUAAAAGCAGUUAAUCUCAGAAGUUAAAGUGCAUUUCCAAUAAAUUCCUCACCUGUGUUACUAUCAAGAACAGUGUGUCCUCUCAGAGGCAUCAGGGCUGCUCCUCACAGCUGCAGUUUGCUGAGACCAGAUGGAGGUGGCCAAACGUGCUCUGUUCUCUAUCUCCCUCUCUGUGAGGUUCUGCAGAGAAUCAGCCAGCCCUGAUUUACACCUGGGAGGGAUUUACAACUUCUCCCAUGCCCAGAUCAUGGUUCUCAGGCCAUUUCUAACCCCCACCCCAAGGAGAAGUGGAUGAAGC